GGCCUCAAUUGUUUGCUUUUUUUUUUUUUUUUUUUUUUUUUUAUAAAUUGUUUGCUUAAAAUAAAAGAAGUUUUUCUUUUGCCAUAAAAGCGCUGCAAGGCAAACUUCUUCUGAUAUUCUUGAAAUUGUGAGAAGUUUCGAUUCUCUUCUGAUUUUGAGAAUUUCUUUAACGAUCCCGUCUGGGUUUUGUUUGGAUUCCUUGACAGAUUCACCAAAAGCAGAAUAAAAAAAGGAGCGAGAAGAAUGGCAGACUGAAGAAUGCAGCAAGCUUGGAUCAGAGGAAGGAAACUGUUCUAGUUACGAGGGGUUGGCAGUUUUGCGCUCAAAGAGGUUGGAAGAACUUGAGGAUAUGGUGAAUCAGAAAUUCAACAGUAUAAGAAACCCUCAGGAGCAACGGUUCGAGGAGAUGAAUCAAAGAAUUCUUGCUAUUGGUCAAAGAAUAGAUAAACAUGAAGAGGUUGUGGAGAAGCUUUUGGUUAGUAGUGGGAGUAAUCUUGAGAAGACAAUACAGGACACCAAACAAAGAUGCAUGAAGUUAAAAUUCAACCGCAAUAUCUCUGUUCCUAUUCGAACUGGAGAGCAAAUCAAAGGAGAAGGAGGUAGCAAUUUGCAACUGUCUCUGAUUGAUAAUUGUACAGGAGCAGUUGUUGACUUUGGACGAGAAGCCUCUGCUAAAGUGGAAAUAGUUGCUCUCAAGGGAGAUCUGGAUGAUGAUGAGGGAGAUGCGUGGACAGCUGAACAGUUUCAAAGUAAAAUUGCUCGAGACAGGGAAGGAAAACAAUAUGUUCUUGCAGGAAAUUUGCAACCAAAAUUGAAUAAAGGAACUGUGUCUUUGUCUGAUGUUAUGUUUAGAAGCUCUCAACGCCAUAAUGGUGGCAUCUUCAAGCUAGGGGCUUGGGUUGUUGAUACUUUUGAUGGCAGUCAAGUAAUAGAAGCGAAGACAAAAUCUUUCAAAGUCCUUGACUAUCGUGGAAAAUAUACCUAGAAGCAUUACCCCCCAUCUGCGUCUGAUGAGGUUUGGCGGUUAGAGAACAUUUCAAAAAAUGGUGCUACCCAUGAACGUCUGAAGGGGGCAAAUGUGAACUGUGUGAAGGAUUUCCAGACUAGACUCUCAGAAGACCCGGAAGAGCUCAAAUGUGUAAAGUUCACUCCUUUACUUAAUUUAUACAGGCACUCUGCAACAAAUUAUUGGGUGCAUACAUGAUUCACCGCA